AUGUCGAUGAGUAGUCGUGGUAUUCAAUCGAUUAUUGGUAUUAUUUUUAUUUGUUUGGCAAGUUUUAUACUUAUAUUUCUUCCUAUAUUUCAUGUAUUGUAUCAAUUAAAAGAUAAAAGAAAAAAUUCAAUGCAGACAAAAGAUUAUUCACGAGAAAAUUUUUAUUCAGUACCAAAUUCAUCUUCUAAUGAAUUACUUAAACAAGAUGAUUUAAUAAUAUCAACACGACAUAUUAUUGUUGAUAUUCGUCGUUUAUCAAUUAAUUCAUCAAGUUCAUCAGUAAUUUUUUUUCGUCAUAAUUAUUUAUAUUAUCUUUGUCGAUUAUUUAUUUGUUUAUUAACAAUUUUAUUUGCAACAUUUUGUUGUUAUACAAUAUAUGAAUUUAAAAUUGAAAAUUUAAAAUCAAUAAAUAGAACAAAUGAUAAAAUUUCAUUAUCAUCAUCGUCAUCAUAUAUGUGUAAAUUAUUUCAAUUAAAUUUAAAUUUAUAUUAUGAAAUUCCUGUUAAUUAUAUAUCAUUAAUUAUAUUAUUUAUUUUAAUAUUAAUAUUAAUAAUAUUUGAAAAUUUUUCAAAAAAUAAAAAAAAAUUUAAAUCAUUUUAUUAUCAUUUAACAAUACCAAUGAUAUUUAAUUCACAUUCACAUAUAUAUCGUUUUGAAUCAGCAGCUGUUUUUGGUAUAAUAUCAUUAGAAAUUUUACAUAUAUUUGAUGAAUUUAUUAUAAAUGGUACAAAACAUUUUCAAAAUGGACCAUUAAUUGAUUUAAUUUUUCAAUUUGGUAUUGGUCUUAUGUUAGGUUUAAGAUAUUUUCCAAUAUUAGCUAUAUUUGAACAAGAAAAUAAUUAUGAAAAUCGUUUAGCUAAUAUUAUUUCUUAUGCAUUAGCAACAAUUUAUUUAUAUUGUGAAAUUAUAUUUAAAUUACAAUCAGAUAUUAAUUGUAUGAUUGAUCAAAAUAAAUUAUCAAUGAUUAAAGAAAUAUUUGAUAAAUUUAAUCAUACAGGAAUUAAUAUUAAACAAUAUUUAUUGAUACAAUUAGGUGCUAAUCGAACAAAUAGAUUAAAUGAAACUUAUCAAAAUAGUCAAUUAUGGUUUAAUGAACAAAUAAAAAAACAAAUAGAUAAUUCCACAUAUGAUGAUAGGAGUGAUAUUGAAAAUGAUUUAACACGUUUAAAUUAUUCAUUAGAAUUAAAUAAACAAAGUAUUUUUUAUAAUACAUUACGAUAUGCACCAUAUUAUUAUUUUAUGGUUUUUUUGGCUGUUCGUUUAACACUUAUGUUUUUAAAUACAUUUCGAAAAACGAUAAAUAAAAAUUCAUUUUCAUUAAAAAAUUCUCCACGUUGGAAAUAUGUUAAAUAUAAUUUAUUAAAAUCUUCUAAUCAUAAUCAUGAAAAUAAUCAACAUGAAUAUUCACGUUUAUUUCGUUUUUUAAAUUAUUUAAUAUUCAUUUUUAAACAACAUAUUUAUAUCAUACGUCCUUAUUUUCGUUAUUCAAAAUUAAUUAUUUGUAUAUAUACAAGUGCAUUUACACUUAUUUAUUAUUUUACAUUUUGGAUUCAAGAUCAUACAUAUAUAUUAACAAAAAAAUUAUUAUUAUUUCUUAAUUUAAUUUUAUGUGCUUUAGCUGAUUUAUCUAAAGAUUUAUGUUAUAAUUUAAAUCUCGAUCAUAUUCAUCGUGAUAUUAAAUAUAUUUGUUUAUUAACAGCAUUUAUAACAUGUUUACAAUUAUUUUUUGGUUUAAAACAUUAUCAAAUACAAAUGUGUAAUGCAUAUCGUGGAAUAUUUAAUGAUAUUCCAACAGCAAAACAAAUUUCAUCGAUUACUAUUAUUAGUAAAUCAAUACAUUAUCCAGGUCGUUUUAUGGGUUCAUUAGUUUAUAGUUAUGGUUUUUUAUUUUUAUUUGUUUCAAUAUUUUAUAUAUUAUCUCGUUAUAUUCUUUAUUCAAUAAUUAUUCUUGAAUUUGUAGCUAAAUUAUUCUUACCAAUGAUAAUAUUUUUAUUAUUUCAAUUAUUAUUUGUACGUCUUUUAUGCAAAUUAUUGUUUGUAGAAAAAACUCAUUUACUUACAUUACGUAAUCUUCGUCUUUAUUAUACAUUUUCAUAUUUUUGUUUUUUUUUUGAUUGUUUUUUGGGUUUUAUUAUGUGUUUAACACGUAUAGUUAAAGCAUUUAUAUGUUCAAUUAUAUUUUUUGCACGUUUCGAUUAUUCACCAUAUGGUCGCGGUUUAGAAAUGUAUGAUUCAUCAUAUGCAUCAUAUGUUAGUUUUUUUCAUAUAGAAAAAAAUCAACGACAUCCUGUUUUAAAUGUAUUUAUUGAUAUUAUUCGACAACGUCUUAUUGAUAUAAGAAAAUUAAAAUAUAAAUUAUCUAUUGGAAAAAUUCAUCAUACAUAUGAACAAGAUAAAUUAUCGCAAAUAAGACGUUUUCGUUGGGCAUUAGCUUAUACAUUAAUUAAAAAUGAACAAUUAAAACGUUAUCGAAAACAUCGUUUAUGUUUAAAUAAAACAACACAAUCAAAAACAUUAGAAAAAAUCUUUGAUAAAAUUGGUUUAUCACAAACAUUACCAAGACAAUACUAG